AUGCCCUCGCGGCUGGACACUUCUCGCACCGUAAAACUUCCAGUAAGAUUUUUGAUUACUUCUUUUGGCCCGGUGCCGGAGCUGACAUUAAAAGGUUUUGCCGUCCGUGUCCUAAAUGCCAGAAGUUUUCAGCUAGAGGAAGCAUAUCCCGAGGCCGUACCUCUUAGAAAUGUUGAUACUAUAACGGUUGCCGAAGCUUUAGUUGAAAUCUUCUCUCGCGUCGGCAUACCGAAGGAAAUAAUGUCUGACCGCGGAUCCCAGUUUAAGUCUGAUCUUAUGAGCGAAAUUCACCGUCUAUUCUCCGUUAAAGCUUUGUAUACAUCACCAUAUCAUGCAUGUUGCAAUGGUGCCGUCGAAAGACUUAAUGGUGUUCUAAAAUCUAUCAUCAAGAAGCUUUGUUCAGAACAUCCACAGGACUUGGACCACUAUAUUCCAGCAGCACUCUUUGCCUAUAGAGAGAUCCCUAAUAGUAGUUUAAAGUUCUCCCCCUUUGAACUUUUGUAUGGACGUAAAGUACGUGGUCCACUAAGUAUACUGCACGACCUUUGGACAAAUGAUGGCAUUGAUAACGAGGUAAAAACUACAUACCAAUAUGUGCUAGACCUCCGUUCACGAUUAGAGGAGACGGCUAAGCUGGCAGCAUCCCAUGCCAAUAUUAGUAGUAAAAGUUACAAAGCAUACUACGAUUUAAAAAGUAGACCACGUAAACUAGAGAUCGGAGAUGAAGUGCUUGUUUUGUUGCCUACAAGCACUAAUAAAUUAGUUAUGCACUGGCGUGGGCCGUAUCCUAUUAUCCGAUGUCACGAAAAUGGUGUAGAUUAUAUUAUAAAAAUGCAAGGUAAAGAUAAAUUGUUCCACAUAAACAUGCUAAAAAGAUACUUUCGGCAGGAAGAUAAUAAGGAAAAACAGAAAUGCAAAAAUGUAAUUCAAAUUUGUGUUGAAGAAUUCCCAGUGAACGGCACCUGUGAACCUGUAAACCUUGAGGUAACUGACAAUAAUAGUUUUAAUAUUAGUAGUGAAUUAUCUUUGAGUCAGUCUAGGGAAAUGUCUGUUUUGCUAAAUCGUUACACAGACGUAAUAAGAGAUAAGCCAGGUCUUACUCAGACGAUAAGACAUAAGAUAAAACUGACCUCUACUGUGCCUAUAAAUAAGAAACAGUAUCCAAUUCCUCUCAACUUGAAACAAGAGUUUAACAAGGAAGUUGAUAAAAUGUUGGAACUAGGUCAUAUAGAACCAUCUGAAUCCCCGUAUUGCUCGCCUGUAGUGCUAGUGAAAAAGACCGAUGGUACUUGGCGUGUUUGCAUUGACUUUCGGCCAAAUAAUAGCUUAUCCGAUUUUGAUGCUGAGCCCAUGCCUACGACUGAAGUUGCUCUAAGUAACUUUUCUCAUGACGUUUAUUUUAGUGAACUUGAUCUUUGCAAGGGAUAUUGGCAAGUCCCAUUGUCCAGUGAUUGCAAAAUUUAUACUGCAUUUGCUACCCACAGAGGUUUAAUGCAGUGGAAAGUAAUGCCAUUUGGAUUGAAAACUGCGUGCGCUACAUUCAUAAGAAUCAAGUACCUUGGUGUAUUAUUAGGACAUAAUUGUAUUGCACCGCUUGAAGAAAAGGUAAAAGCUAUUAACUCUCUGCCAUUACCCACAACAAAAAAACAACUUAGGUCCUUUCUCGGUACUACUGGAUAUUACAGGAAGUUUAUACAAAACUAUGCGAGUACUGCAGCUCCCCUUAGUGAUCUGUUAAGAAAGAACAGCAGUAACAAACUUAACUGGAAUCAACAACAAAUUGAGAGUUUCAAGUCUCUAAAGCAGGCUCUCAUGUCUAACCCAGUACUUUGUUUGCCAGAUAUGACUAAAGUCUUUUAUCUUCGUACAGAUGCCAGCAACACUGGGGUAGGAGCAGUACUCUUACAAGAAACGAACAAUUGUAAGAUGCCCAUUGCAUAUGCAAGCAGGAAACUACUUGACCGUGAGCAUGAAAAAUUAAAUGGUAGAUUGCCUGAGGCGACCUCCACAACCCCAAGUACAACACAUACAAACUCCUCAAAGCAAUCCUGCAGCGAGGGGCGCUUUGUGCCCCUCUUCAUGACAACGUCACGGGACGGCUGUACUCCCUCGAGAUACUUAGACACAUCUAACGCACCCUCGCCUGUGCCAACACACACUUGCUCCCGAUAUCCUGCGCUCAAUGUUCCUCCAGCGUCUGCCAGUGACAGUUCAAACCGUCCUACCAGUGUCCUACUCCCCAUCGAACAACUAGCCUCGAAAGCUGAUGAAAUCCUGGCUAUACAGAACACCGCCCAAGCUCAACGGUCUCCACUACCCUGUCUUUAA